GGAAAACAUGUGGCUCACCGCUCGCUCUCAAAUGGAUCGCCGAAACUCAGAACAACAAUGAAAGUUUCUCCUACACUGCGCUUUGUCCCCCACUCUUUCUAUCUCUGAAACCUCGCAACUUUCUAUCAAUCUCUAUAUACUUUCUUGCCCACACAAAGUCUGCGCUGUUUCUUGAAUGUAGUAUUGCUGUACUUGGAAUUCUUCAUCACGAAUUCAAGAAGCAUAAGAAGAAGAAGCUUCUUUUUCCUUAAAUGGCUGCUAUUAUUCAGGCAAUUGGGGCCGCUACUACUCUCUCCUCGCCCAAUUCCUUAGAUUCCAAGAAGUUUCACAUCUCUUCUCGCAGAUCUUUCCCAGGGAGGAAAGGAACCUUUUUUGUGAUUAGAUCUGAUGGGAGAUUAAGCUCUGGUUUGAACUGGAAUGGAAAGAGAGCUGAGCAAUUGGUUACUAGUGCUGUUGCGACAAAGGCUGAUGGUGCAGCUGCUUCUACAUCGUCCAAACCGGGGCAUGAACUUUUGCUUUUUGAAGCCCUUCGGGAAGGGCUUGAUGAGGAGAUGGAAAGAGAUCGGAGUGUGUGUGUGAUGGGUGAAGAUGUCGGCCAUUAUGGAGGUUCAUACAAGGUCACCAAAGGACUGGCAGAAAAGUACGGUGAUUUAAGGGUCCUCGACACUCCAAUUGCCGAGAACUCUUUCACUGGAAUGGGCAUUGGAGCAGCCAUGACUGGUCUCCGACCAGUUGUCGAGGGAAUGAACAUGGGAUUCCUUCUUUUAGCCUUCAACCAGAUCUCGAACAACUGUGGUAUGCUACAUUACACAUCUGGCGGCCAGUUCAAGAUACCAAUUGUGAUUCGGGGUCCCGGUGGAGUAGGCAGGCAGCUCGGGGCCGAGCACUCGCAACGCCUCGAGUCAUAUUUCCAAUCGAUCCCGGGAAUCCAAAUGGUAGCUUGCUCGACCCCCUACAACGCCAAGGGCUUGAUGAAGGCUGCCAUCCGAAGCGAGAACCCCGUCAUUCUUUUCGAGCACGUCUUGCUCUACAACCUCAAGGAGAGAAUCCCGGACGAGGAGUACGUCUUGAGCCUCGAAGAAGCCGAGAUGGUGAGACCCGGGGAGCACGUCACAAUCCUAACCUACUCAAGGAUGCGGUACCAUGUGAUGCAGGCCGCCAAGACCUUGGUGAACAAGGGAUACGACCCCGAGGUUAUCGAUAUCAGGUCGUUGAAACCCUUUGAUCUUUACACCAUCGGGAACUCGGUGAAGAAGACGCACCGCGUGCUCAUCGUGGAGGAGUGCAUGCGCACCGGAGGGAUCGGUGCCAGCUUGAUUUCUGCGAUAAAUGAAAACUUCCAUGACUACUUAGAUGCCCCAAUUAUGUGUUUGUCAUCCCAGGAUGUUCCAACUCCAUAUGCUGGAGUACUGGAGAAUUGGACAGUGGUUCAACCACCACAAAUUGUUACUGCAGUUGAACAGCUAUGCCAGUAGUGGUAGGAGAUCAGAACAGCUUAGUAACUAUUUUUCUCAUACUCUCAUGUUUGACUAAUUCUGGUUUAUUCUUAUUUCGUACUGAACAAUAAUUUGUUAAGAUGUCAAGUUUUGUAGUAUUUGAUGACUUGUGAUGUAUGUAUGGCUUUUUUUUUAUUCAUUA